CGGUAACAGUCUUGUCGUCUGUAAGGAAAGGCGAUGAAAUGAAAAGGAAGUAUUGGAAAGAAGAAACAAGUCAUGAUUUCUGUCUAUUUUUGCUAGGUGUUUAGAUUUUUUUUUUAUUUGUUGAAGAACAGUAGAGGUUAUAUAUUUGGUCUGUUUUUUCCAGCGCGAUGGAGCAGCCUGUGCCUAAAAAUAAAUUGAAGAAGCUCAGUGAAGACAGUCUGACCAAGCAACCUGAGGAAGUCUUUGAUGUCCUGGAAAAACUUGGUGAAGGGUCCUAUGGAAGUGUAUUCAAAGCAAUCCAUAAAGAAUCAGGCCAAGUGGUGGCCAUUAAACAGGUUCCCGUUGAGUCGGAUCUGCAGGAGAUCAUCAAGGAAAUCUCCAUUAUGCAACAAUGUGACAGUCCCUAUGUGGUGAAAUACUAUGGCAGUUAUUUUAAAAACACAGACCUGUGGAUCGUGAUGGAGUACUGUGGCGCUGGCUCUGUAUCUGAUAUCAUCCGGUUACGUAACAAAACACUCACAGAAGACGAGAUUGCUACUAUCCUUAAGUCCACAUUGAAAGGUCUUGAGUAUCUGCACUUUAUGAGAAAGAUCCACAGAGACAUCAAAGCUGGGAAUAUUCUUCUUAACACUGAGGGACAUGCUAAACUGGCAGACUUUGGAGUGGCUGGGCAGCUUACUGACACGAUGGCCAAGAGGAACACUGUGAUUGGUACACCGUUCUGGAUGGCACCAGAGGUGAUUCAGGAGAUUGGGUAUAAUUGUGUGGCAGAUAUCUGGUCUCUGGGUAUCACGUCUAUAGAAAUGGCAGAGGGCAAACCUCCUUAUGCAGACAUUCAUCCAAUGAGAGCGAUUUUUAUGAUUCCAACAAACCCACCACCAACAUUCCGGAAACCCGAGCUGUGGAGUGACGAAUUGACAGACUUUGUAAAGAAAUGUUUAGUGAAGAACCCAGAGCAGAGAGCCACAGCUACUCAACUGUUACAGCAUCCCUUUAUAACGAGUGCUAAACCAGUGACCAUUCUAAGAGACCUGAUCACAGAAGCGAUGGAGAUGAAGGCAAAGAGACAACAGGAGCAGCAGCGUGAGCUGGAAGAGGAGGAUGACAACUCAGAGGAAGAGGUGGAAGUGGACUCUCACACCAUGGUGAAGUCUGGCUCAGAAAGUGCUGGCACCAUGAGAGCAACAAGUACUAUGAGUGACGGCGCUCAGACCAUGAUCGAGCACGGCAGCACCAUGCUGGAGUCAGACCUGGGCACCAUGGUCAUCAACAGUGACGAGGAAGACGAGGAUGAAGAUGUGGGCUCAAUGAGAAGAAACCCAACAGCACCACAAGUCCCACGUCCAUCUUUUAUGGAUUACUUUGACAAGCAGGACUCAAACAAAGCACAGGAGAGUUUCAAUCACAACCAGCAGGACCCUUACCAUAUGCCCAAGACUGCUUUCCCAGACAACUGGAAAGUACCACAAGAUGGAGACUUUGAUUUUCUGAAAAACCUUGACUUUGAGGAGCUGCAGAUGCGCCUCAGCGCUUUGGACCCCAUGAUGGAGCGGGAAAUCGAGGAGCUGCGGCAGCGCUACACAGCUAAGAGGCAGCCCAUUCUCGAUGCCAUGGAUGCCAAGAAACGCCGGCAACAAAAUUUUUAAGACUGACUCCAGAAUAAAAGCAAGUACAUUCAGAAAAAAAGAACUGCAGGCCAGAUAUUUCCCCUCUUACAGUCUUUAUUCAGUUUCACUCCUGAUGCUGAGCCUCUUGCUGUACACCCUCAGCUGCUGAUUAGCCACAGUUGCAUAUUAGAAUGCUGUUUUACAUUAAUUAUAGUGAAUUUAUCUGAGGCCUGAGUCUUGUUUUCGGUGGUUAAACUGUGUACAAUAACACAAGUACAGCAACAUUUAAGUAGAAAGAGUAAAGGAGAAGAAAUGGCAGCAAAGAUAGUCAGUUGAUAUGACGGAACAUUCACAACCUCCGAUGAGCUGAAAUUCCUGUGAAAGAUCACGUAGGUUUUCAUGAGCACACCCAAAUCGAAUUCAUCUACAAAUCUUUCCACGUAUUUAAGUCUCACCUAAAUGAUGCCACCCGAAACAAAUGUCACUUUUAUUCACCGUUGGUCAGACCACUGUUUUAUCUGAUAAAGCAGAAAUAGUAUCUCUCUCAUCACUAUAGCAAGGAGUCCCAGAUUGUUUGUACUGUGUCAAAGCCAGGCAUUCCCAAACUUGGUGUUGUGACCCAUACAGUAUAUGAGAAGGGAUUGAUUUACAAAUGGGGUCACAAUAGAAACUCACCAGCUCCUCUUUUUUCAUUCAUUUCUUUAACAAAUGAAUAUUAGAAAUAUCCAAGAGGAUUUUGUGUGCUAAUAUUUUAAAAUGUUACUUGGAGUGACAUUCAUACAAGCCACAUGUAAAUGAACAAAAAAAUUAUUUUAGUCUUUUUCACUAUGACAUAUUGCACUAUCAUAGUUCAGCAAUAAAAAUGGACAAGUUUCCCCGUCCAUCAGCCUCCAUUGAACAAGCUGCAUCAUAUAUCACCAAUCUCAUGUACUCUUCUAGUCUGUUAUUGAGUACUAAUACUAAUCAGUUCUCUUGAAAGUGAGAAGCUCUCGUGUCACCUUCAAACCCGCUGAAAGCUCCGUUUCCCUUACCAGUGUUCAGGAUUUUUGUGGUUUAGUAAAUACUUUUCAGUGUAAGAUGCAGCUCAUGAUUAAUAAUCCUAAUAAUGGUGGAACGUUUUAAAAAGAGACAGAGUUGAUCGGCCUGUUUAACGGCUGUACAUAACAUCACUAAUUAGCGUUUCAGCUCUGAUGUGUCAUCUUGUGAAUGUUGCUUGUAAAUUCUCUGGAUGUGCAUAAUAUACAAACCAGGGUGUGUGAAUAUUAAUACUGUUAACGUUACCACUGCUUCCACAUGUGCACGCAAAAUCAUGCAUCAAAUAUAAACCAGAUUCUUCUGCUUCACUGCUCACCUAUAACAAUAGAACUGGCCAGUAAAUCAGUGCAAGGAAGAUUCCUUUGUUCUUUAGUCAGUCAGUUUACACAUGCGAAGGUUACUAACAUAACAUAAAACUGUUCAUGUGUCGCAGUAGUCCUAUAUAAAUCUGGAAUUGAACAUAAAACAGUGUCGCGUGGUCAGGGCUUUGGGGUCACAGAAAAUUCAUAAUAUUCACUUGGGAUUGUUUCCUGAAAGGUUUAAGGAUGCCUGGUCUAAAACGUAGAUAUUGGCACCUCUGCCUCUGUAAUCAUGUGACUAUUUGGAUGAAUUACUCACAACACAGAAAAACAGUUGGUCGUUUUUAAAUAAUGAUUAAAGUAAACCAAAGACAAUCAAACUAGUGAAGCAUAAUAGAUAGCUUUCAUUAGUUGGCCCAAAUUUAUAUGGGCUUCCCUUACUUUGUCUGGAAUGGGUCUAAGUGAGGUUUCUACUGCUAUGGGACCAGGUUUUAGUAGACUGGAUUUAAAUGAAGCUUGAAAUGUCCUUUUUGCAGUAGUAAGUGGAUAUAGUGAAGCAAUUAUUAUAACUGUGUACUCUUUACAGUUAUUAAGCUUUUGCUUACAAACACCACCCUAUCUCUGUAAAUAUGCAUGAAGUAUUUAAGUUCACCUUUGCUUCCUAUAUUGAAUGUCAUUUUGCUUAUUUUUUAUUUUCUUUUUCACAUUGAUCUAUUUCACUUUUGAAUCCUAUGCUCAGUAAACACUCCUGUAAACAAAUAACACGUCCUUGAACUGUCACUUUAUCUCAGGGGUUGAUGAACAGUACUUUCUCUUCACUGAUUGUGUUGAAAUGACAUUUCUUAUGUCUUAUCUCUGUGUCUAUGGGACCAGCAUUAUUAUUUGGUCUGUCUGUUACUGGUACUUAGGAAAUACCACAAACAUAAUUUGAAAAAGAAAAAAAAAAUGCCUGUAAGAAUAUUGUUGUAAAGGAGUAAACUGUUACAUACAGCACAGUGAUGUAGUACAGCUAUAUGAUGUAGUACCUGGACCUUUAUUAUCAUUAGCAGGCCUAUUGUGGACAUUUUGCUAAUAUUGUCUUAAAAUUAUGACAUCUAGCUUCUUUGGUGAAUUAGUUGCUUAAGAAAUGAGUUUGAUUGUGCUUAAAAUGCCUUAACUUUGAUCAAGUAUGUAUAUUUCAUACCUUGACAUGUAUUUUAAAAUUCCACUCGAUUCUAAUUUAUUGUGCAGCUUUAUAAUCAUAUAUAGCUGCUGUUGCAAGAAAAUCUUUCCUAAGCAUUUCUCACAUACAUCACAGUCUCAUAAUGCCUGAAAAUGUCGAUCUUGAUAUUUUAGAGAGAGGUUUUCUUGCAAUAGAAAUUUGUCAUUCUCUCCCCUGAGAGUGAAGCUUUUAAUAAAUUUCACUUCUUUGCCACUUUAUUAUUAUUAUUAUUAUUAUUUGUUUCUUUUUGUUUUUUAACAAAACUGAUUCUUCCACCAGUAUUAAUGUAUAAUUCCUUAGUAUGGUCAUAAAGAUCAUUCAAUGCUCAUCCCAGGGCUCUUAUUGAUAAUAUGCUAAGGCUAAAUAUCCUUUCGGCACACACGGUACUGUUUGACUUUACUCUUCCACAACGGAUUUAGAAUCUCACUCUCUGGGUUUUCUUUUGUGUCCCUUCAUUAUGUUGUCUCAAGGAGAAUUAUAAACAAACCCUGAGCGGUUCAGACCAGAACAUAGUGCUGUGUAAUAAAGUGCUGAGAUCA